UUUUAAACGUGUUUUUUUUUUCUUUCUUUUCAGCACCCAUUCAUGCACGCGUGGACGAAACGCAGAUGGACACGCACGAGGGCUCGACGGUGCAGCUGCAGUGUCGAUUUCCGCCGCCGCGAGAGAAUGUUACGUGUUUCUGGCUGACUCACACGAACAACAAUCUUGAUAACGCGGCGAUCGAGAACCGCUCGCUGUCGCCCAACUACAAGGUGUUUAUGAAUCUGGAGGAGGGCCGCUACGAUCUGCAAAUCAGAAACGUGUCCUAUGAGCGCGACAAUGGCAAGUACGAGUGCAGAGUGAAGGUCAGCAGCACCGGUACCGAUCUUCACAGGAAGUACAUUACCCUGACGGUGCUGAGGGCACCGGGUCCGCCGACGAUAUCGCCCGCCUCCGCACCGGCCACGGAGGGUCAGCGUCUCGAGCUGCAAUGCAACACGUACGGUGGCAGUCCCGAGCCGGAAGUGAGAUGGUACCGCGGCAACAGCACUAUGCCACUGCACACGGGUAGAACGCUGAUGGUGGAACCCACGCGGGAGGACGACCGAGCGAUCUUUCGGUGCGUCGUGAGGAAUCGGGCGAUGCGCGAAGGCGAAAUUUUGGACGCCUCGGUGACGCUCGACGUCAACUACUUCCCGCGCGUGACCGUCGGUCCGGAAAAUCCGCUCAAGGUCGAGGUGAACGGCACCGCGACUCUCAAGUGCCACGUGGACUCGAAGCCGAUGGUCAGCAUGGUCCGCUGGUGGCGGGACGGCAGUUUCAUCGCCACCAAUUUUAAACACACGAUAUCUAAAGUGACGCUGCAGGAUGUCGGCAGGUACACCUGCCAAGCGGACAACGGGCUCGGCAAGCGUACCGACGCUUCCCUGAUCCUGGACGUGCUCUACCCGCCUACGGUGUCGAUCGAGGGCGAUACCUUUCGAGUGGCCGACGUCGAGGACAGCGUGACCAUCCACUGCAACGUGACCGCCAAUCCGACGCCGUCGGUGAUCGAGUGGCUGCGAGAUGGCCGGCCGGAAUUCAGGCAGCCGGGCUCGAUCCUGCGAUUGACCCGGGUCACGGCGGAGCACGCCGGUAAUUACACAUGUCGCGCGGUGAACACGAUUCAUCCCACUGGCGGCGAACGCAGGAAUCAUUCGGCAUUCGCCAGCGUCACCAUUCGAGUGCGACACAAGCCCGGCCCGGCUAGAGUGACUCCGGACUCGCCGGUCGCCGUCGAGGGCUCCCGGGUGAUACUCACGUGCAUGGCCAGCCCGGCCGGAUAUCCCGAGCCGCAGUACAAGUGGUGGAAGGAGGGCGAGGGCGGCACGAUCUUGAUGCCGACGCCAUCCGGCCCAAAGUAUGAGAUCGACUCGGUGCACCUCGGCAGCGAGGGCACAUACAAGUGCCACGCGAUCAACGAGAUCGGCAUUGGCGAAGCCGCGUCAGUAAACCUCACCGUUCACCAGCCGCCAAAGAUACUCACCAAACUGCAACCUCAUGUCACGAGAAAAGUCGGCGAGUCGUCGUUCCAAGUAUCCUGCGUAGCGCAGGGCAAGCCGCGGCCUAGCGUGCGCUGGUUGAAGGACGAUCAAGAAUUAACGGCCGACGAGAGGCUCUACAAAGUAAUUACGACGGCGUCGGAGGGCCACGGUAGCGUAAUAACCGUAAAUUCUACGUUGAGCUUUUUGGGUCACGCUCGUCCGCAGACGGACGAAAUCGUGGCGAGCGAUCGCGGCAAGUACACCUGCGUCUUCAUGAACGAGGUAAAGAAAGUCGAGUCCACGAUGAUGCUCAAGGUGGAGCACGAGCCGAUAGUGCUCCAUCAGCACGGCAAGGUGGCCUAUAAUCUCCGCGAGACCGCCGAGGUGGCCUGCAAGGUACAAGCGUGGCCGAAACCCGAGUUUCAGUGGAGCUUCGGCACCAACGCCGCGACUCUUCAGGGCUCCUCCAGCGACGGUCAUUACGAGAUCACCACUACAAGCGACAAUUAUGACGUGUACACAUCCGUCCUGAGAAUGACCAAUAUCCGCGAAUCUGAUUACGGCGAUUAUACCUGUCGCGCCGCCAAUGCUCAAGGUAGCGUCAUGUCUACCAUCAGAUUGCAACCGAAGGGAGCGCCGGAAAGACCAACUAAUAUCACUGCCAUGGAAAUCGGCCCCACGUACGUUGCGCUUUUGUGGCAAUUGGGUUUCGACGGCGGUCUGCCUAUCACGAAGUACUUUGUUUCGUACAGAAGAGUGGCCGGUGGUGACGAGAUAGUAGCGCCGGAUUGCGCACCUCCUCGCGGACCGGCCGGCCAAUGGCUCGAGCUCGAUUGCCGACGAUCAAAUCCAUGUAACGUGACCAAUCUAGAACAACACCAGACCUAUACCUUCAAAGUGAAGGUCUAUAACACUAAAAACCAUUCCGAUUACUCCGACGAGGUGACCGCUACUACGGCGGUGGCAAAGAUACCUACUCCGCUGCGGGUGAACUUUGAUCCGGAGAGUGGCACGCUCGCUAUUAACGUAGGUGCCACGUGUCUGGCGUUGGUGGCGUCUAUCGAGAAGUUCGAUGGAGGCUCCGAUAGUUCGUGGAGAAUCGUUGAUGAGUGGCCUCUCGAAGUUCUCGGGAGUGCACCUACUCAAAGGGAAGGAAUAUUGGACGAUCCCGAAGCAGCUGAUUCGGAACCUCGGCUUAGAGUUAGACUCUGUCUCAAAGCGGAUCGGCAGAAGUGUGGCGAGUACACGGAAGCCGAAAUUGGACCAUCCUAUAUUGCGCAAGCCGGUGCUCUCGCAACGCCAACUUUAAUCGCACUGAUAGUAAGCGGAGCAGUUUUUCUACUCUUCGCAGCAUUGCUGCUGCUGUUCUGCCGGUGCCGGCGAAAACACGCGACGAAGGCGAAAGAUUACGAGAUGGACUCGAACGCCGUUCGCCCGAGUCUCGUGGCAGGUAACGGCCAACAAACGCAACCACCGCCGCCUUACUAUGCCGAGAAUAAAGCGCUAGAGCAUAGCUUGGACCAUGCCCUGGCUUUGGAAGACUCGAAAACUCCCGCUUACUCGCAAUCGGGAUAUGGUUAUCAUCAACCUAAUCAUAACAUUAAUGGCGUGAAUAUGGGAUAUAUGGAUAAUAGUUACUCAAAUUCCAACAAUGGCGGUUCCGUGAACUCGCAGGACUCCAUAUGGCAGAUGAAAUCCGCCGCGGCAAACGGCGUUAAUCAGCCCUACGAUCUUGCCGGAUAUGGCACUACGGAAUCCGAUUACCCUACGCAUCCUCAUUAUCUUCCGCAACGGGAGAAUUACAGAGAGAGCCAUAAUCUGAGCCGACAGCAGUUCUGUUCGGAGCCCUUUGCCACCGUCGUCAAGUCUCAGAAACACGUUGAUUCACCUUACGAUGUGUCGGGAUUGCCGUAUCAGGAGAAUUACGAUGAAGAUGCGAAGCCGCCGCAACAGGUCAGUCUCUCAUACGACGAGAGUCUGGAAUCGGGCUACUCCACGCCGAACAGGCGUAGAAUUAUCAGGGAGAUAAUCGUUUGAGACCUGCCUACCGGCUCACGAGCC